UCGACCGCAUGCUGGAUUACAAUGUCCUAGGAGGAAAGUGCAACCGUGGGCUCUCUGUCAUCGAUAGCUACAAGACAUUGAAAGGUGUAGAUGUUUUGAGGAAGGAGGAGACAUUUCUUGCCUGCACCCUUGGUUGGUGUAUUGAAUGGCUUCAAGCAUAUUUUCUUGUGCUUGAUGAUAUCAUGGACAACUCCCAGACACGACGGGGCCAGCCUUGCUGGUUUAGGGUGCCUCAGGUUGGCCUUAUUGCUGUAAACGAUGGGAUUAUCCUUCGCAACCAUAUUUCACGGAUCCUUCAACGCCACUUCAGAGGAAAACCGUAUUAUGUUGAUCUCAUUGAUUUGUUCAAUGAGGUUGAAUUCAAGACAGCUUCAGGGCAGUUGUUGGAUCUUAUCACUACUCACGAGGGAGAAAAGGAUCUCACAAAAUAUAACUUGAAUGUUCACCGGCGCAUUGUGCAAUACAAGACAGCGUACUAUUCAUUUUAUCUUCCGGUUGCAUGUGCAUUGCUGCUGUCGGGUGAGAAUUUGGAUAACUUCGGCGAUGUAAAGAACAUUCUUGUUGAAAUGGGAACAUACUUUCAAGUUCAGGAUGAUUAUCUAGAUUGUUUUGGAGAUCCUGAAUCUAUUGGCAAGAUUGGAACUGACAUUGAAGACUACAAGUGUUCCUGGUUAGUUGUGCAAGCUCUUGAGCAUGCAGAUGAGAGCCAAAAGGGCAUUCUACUUGAAAAUUAUGGGAAGUCAGAUCCAGAGUCUGUUGCAAAAGUGAAGGAUCUGUAUAAAGAACUUGAUCUGGAGACGGCAUUUCACAAGUAUGAGCGGGAGAGCUACAAUAAGCUGAUCGCCGACAUCGAGGCCCAGCCAAGCAAAGCUGUUCAGCAAGUUUUGAUGUCUUUCCUGGAGAAGAUCUACAAGAGGCAGAAGUAGAGCUAAGCUCUUGGAGAGGUUGUUGUGCCUUUCCGUGCUUUGGUAACUUGUUCCAUGUUCUGUGUGUGUUGGUCUUAUUACCAUAAUGUACAGCGUGUUAUUCCUUCCAACAAUAAACUACGGUGCUAUUUUUUAGUGGUGCGUGAACCUGCUGUGCCAUAACCAUGUUAUUUGAAGCUCUCUAAUGUUUUUCUAGCC